CAUUGCACAGUGUUGGAUUGGUCAUCCAGAGGCGGGUCCUUUGGUUUUCCUUGUUUUCGAUCCCACGGGCUCUCUCAGUGAUUUUUGUGAACGCAAUGAGACAACAUCGGUCUGAGAAAGUGAACUGAUGUAUUUGGUCUUGUGAGAAGUUGUUGAUUGGAUUUAUCCCGGACAAAUAAUAUAAGUGGUAUUUUGAUAAAGAACUAUUUCACCCGAUUCGCGGAUAUUUGACGUAUUUUUAGUUUUGAAUAGUCAUUGUUGAGUGAGGUUCGGGUAAUUUGAAGCCAAUGCGACCGGAUCGCGAAACGUAAACAUCAACUGCUCAGUCAAUUUUUGGAGAUGGUUGGCUACUACCCCCAGGAGUCGCUAGCGCCGCACCAUCCGCACGUUAUGCCAGACGUGGUGCCAAAGGAGACACUGAAACCAGUUAAAUCGCUAGUGUGUUCGCCAGACCUAACAAUCUUUCCGUCACCAAGCCUGACCCGACUGACUCCAACACAGCCGACCCCGGAGAAGCCAUACCAAUGCCUCCUGUGCCAAAAGACAUUCGACCAGAAGAACCUCUACCAGAGCCACUUGAGGUCACACGGUAAGGACGGCGAGGACCCAUACCGUUGUGAUAUCUGUUCAAAGACAUUCGCUGUACCAGCGCGUUUGACCCGUCAUUACCGUACUCACACCGGUGAGAAGCCAUACCAGUGUGAAUACUGCAGCAAGUCCUUCUCCGUGAAGGAGAACUUGAGCGUUCACCGGAGGAUUCACACGAAAGAACGGCCGUACAAGUGCGACGUAUGCAGUCGUGCUUUUGAGCACUCGGGUAAACUCCACAGGCACAUGAGAAUACACACGGGUGAGCGUCCCCACAAGUGCUCAGUAUGUUCCAAGACAUUCAUACAAUCAGGACAGCUUGUCAUUCACAUGCGUACACACACCGGUGAAAAGCCGUACGUAUGUAAAGCUUGCGGCAAGGGUUUCACCUGCUCAAAGCAGCUCAAAGUUCACACACGAACUCACACCGGUGAAAAGCCCUACACCUGUGACAUUUGUCACAAAUCAUUUGGAUACAAUCACGUUCUCAAGCUACACCAGGUUGCCCAUUACGGUCAAAAGGUGUACAAGUGCACGCUGUGCUGUCAGACAUUCAAUUCGAAGAAAACGAUGGAGGCGCACAUCAAGACGCACGCCGACUCAACUACAUCACGGGACUCACCUAUUGAACCGGUUAUCGAGAUAUCGCAGAGUAUCAAUGGAAUUGGUAUCAGUUCUAAUCAUUCGGAUCACUCGAGUAGCUCUGAGGGGAGUGGUUUGAGUGGUAGUGACAAAGAGAACAGCAAGACUGAGGAAGUGGUGGACGAAAUGGAAGCUAGAGAAGAUAGAGAGACCAGGGAAGCCAGGGAAGCUAGGGAAGCUAGGGAAGUUAGAGAGGCUUACGAAGGACGCGAGUUCCCGUAUUACCUCUACUCCAGAGAGCAGAUGUACCCCCAGAGCCAAGGGGUCAAUCCUGCACUAUUGGCCGCUGCAGCGGCUGCUGCUGCUGCUGAAGAUAAGAUAUUCAGUAUCCAGGAGCCGCAGCCUGGAACGGUCUACAUGUAUCAGGGAUAUGAGGGUUAUGCUCUUCCUGGUGAGGAGACUCAGGCCACUCUCAUGAAUUUACCGGGUAAUGAUGCCAGGAGGAGGGUCGAGGCUGCUUUGGAGGCGGUCGAGGUUGAGGGCAGGGAGUACGGUGGAGUUAUGAUGAAGCAGCAGAUUCUCACACCACCUAGCUCCAAUCCUGUGUCACCAGCUCCAUCGCCUGAUCCUCUGGAUCUCGCUGUACCAACCAGGGAGACACUCAUUCUACCACCCAGGAAGCGCUCCAAGAUGAUUCUCGAGAGCAUGGAGAUUGAGAGGUUCGAAAGCACCGCGCAGAGACACAGCUCGGUCAUUCAAUUUGCUCGGGCGUCUUAGUUCGUGGUGAAGGGCGGCGAUAACCUGUGCAGGGUGAGUCUUUGAAUAUAUCACGAAUUUUGGUAGAUCGUACUCAGCCGAUUUUCACCAAAUUUUCUCCAGGGAAAAUAAUUAUUCACGGAAUUUUCUCAUUUGGAAUCACAAGAUUUAUUUCUUAGUAUUCAAUAAAAAUUUGGAAAAAACGGCUGGGUAAACACUUUUUGAAGGAAUAUACGUAGUUAGGGGCAGGUUAGGUUAUCUGAUCGUAUAUAUGGAAAGUGUAGUUUUUACCAAAAAACGAGAUUUAUUAGGGGUUUUCAAACUUGAGGAGAGAUUCAAUUGUCAAUUGUUUAGGGACAAUUGAUCCUGCACAGGUAUUAUUGUAAAAAUAUUAAUACGUGCCGAAUAUUCAGUGAAUAGAAAUAGAAAGCGUAGUCUGCACGUAGAUGGUGAAUUUUUUGAGAGUUAUUUAUUAAAUGUCCCGGUAUUGGGACAUGCGUUUGAGUCGUGUCGUUUCGUGUACGUGUGUAAUUGUCCCUUAAUCUCAUUAUUAUUUUUAUCAAUUCAAUUUUAUUAUUCGGUUAUCUCAAGUCGUCCAAAUUCGCGAGUACGAGACAAGAAAAAAAAUAAUUAGAAAAUCCACACGGGACAAAUUGCCCGAGAGAAUUUAUUAUUUAUGAGAAAAUGACGAAUGUCAGACAUUUAUCAUUCUUCUAAUUGUUUAUUAUUAUUUUUUAAUAUUUUUUUUUUCUUCUUUUUUUUAUUUGUUAAUCGGUAAAAAUUUCGUGGCUAGAUUAAAAAGCACCAAACAAUUGAUAUCUCUGUGAUAAGAACUCCGUACUACCAGAGUAUUGAGGGUAGCUGAGCCCACUGCCAGUACAAGCGUAUAAUUAUUAUUAAAAAAAAAAUGAAACAAAUUCUACAUCGAUCUAUUAGUUAUUCACUUUAUUUCCAUUAUGAUUAAAUGGAUUUUUCAAUGUCUCAAGGUUGUCUGGCAAUUGCAGACUCAUCAGACUGAUAUUUACGUGUACAACCAUCCGAAAUCAUUAACAAUCAUUUUUCACACGAGAUUUCAAAGAGAUAAAGUUUUUUUUUUUAAAUCAUUUCUUGAGAAACAUCACGCCGAUCAGUGCCUGAACUGUUUCAAAAUCUUAGAUUCACUCAUUGAAAUUGAAGUUUUCAUUUGAUCAGUUGCGCUGUCAUUUUUUUUCUUAUCUGUAUAGUAUAUGAAACGAGGUUUUCCAAAAAUUCUCAGGACAGCCCCUACAUGGGGCACCAUAGAUACAUAUUAUAGAUGAUUAUUAGAUUUGGCUCUCGAGGUUUGAAAAUUGAAAUAUUCGGGGAGAUAUUUGAGGUUGAGACGAUUUUAUUCAUUUUAGAAAUUUAUCUUUUGUUUUCAUCUGCAGUAUUUUCACUCUAUGCGUAAGGAAAUCAAUAUUGUACUAUUUAUUUAUCAAAAAAAUUAAUUACAAAUUAUUGAGUACUGUUUUAGUGGAGAUUUUUAAAGUGUAAUUUUAAUCAUUUGAUGAUUUUUGGGAGUUUGAGCGUGAAUUAUGAGGGGAUUAAUUGGUAAUCAUUUUAUCAACGAAUUUUUCGAUUUUCUAACCUAGAAGAGCCAAAAAUAGCGCCAGCGCCGGCCAUUGAAAGCACCAGUCGCCAUUUCAUAAUCCCAUGCAUUGAAAUCGCCAUUUCAUGCACCAGUGUUGCCUUAAACCUUUAGGCUCAUUA